UAAAUAAAAUUAAGCUUUUGCAGUGAACAGGAUAAUAAACCAUCAAUGUAUCGUUUUCUGAUUGUUGUAAAAUAUCGUGUCAGUUCAUUUUUGGAUACAAAUCAUACUUAAAAUCUUAGACGCACGAUGAAUUUCUAUAUUGAGUUCAGCUUUAUAAUACAGUAUACGAUAUCAGCGACCAGAUUCCAACAUUGACGACCUUCUUCCCAGCAACCCUAGCGCUCCUGCUUGGCGAACGAAACGCGAGCUGCGCCCUCACCAUCAUGGCAGGUCCCACGUGGGUAUGUUCUUAAUGUAGAAGCACAUACCCGCCAACCGAGUGGAGUUUUGCUUAGAAGUACUGUAUAUUCAAAAUGACCGAUGCUGCAGAUUGUGGUAACAUUCCCGUAACUAUUGAAAGUGAAAAGACUGCUCCUCAGGGAGAGGCAGAGAAGCAAGAUGAACGCUGUAACCCAGAAUCGCCAAAGGAAGAGAAUGAGUCCAACCCCAAUGUUUAUCGCUACAUAAAGGAUGAUCUUUUCACCUCUGAAAUUUACAAGGUUGAGAUACAGAACUUGCCAAAGUUCAUUGGCUUCAAUGAUUUGAAAAAAUUUUUGGGCAAGCAUGGUGUUAACCCUCACAAAAUCAAGCUCUUUGGAAAACAGACAUUUGCCUUUGUGACUUUUAGGAAUGUGGAGGAAAGAGACAAAGCCAUGAAAGCUGUUCACGGCAUGAUGUGGAAGGGCCGGGCUCUGAACGUUCGACUAGCCAAGCCCAAAGUGGAUCCCUUCCUCCGAAAGAGGAAACUUGAGGGAGGGAUUGAGGAGGGCCCCCCCGUCAACAAAAAACUUGUAGUGUCUGACGGCCAGCAGGAGGCGCCUCCCAGCAGGCAGAUUGCAGAUGUGGUGACCCCUCUGUGGAACGUAACUUAUGAAGAGCAACUGAAACUGAAGCAGCAAGAGGUUGAAGGGGUGCUGCAGAAAUUGACUAAGGAAAUUGGCAAUAACAAUAAAGCCAUGCUGCCGUGGCUGUUCAGUCAGAAGCAGAAGUACAACAAUCUGUGUUGCCUGCUAGAAGACAUCAGACCUUCACCUGUUCAGACAGAGUAUCGGAAUAAGUGUGAAUUCCUGAUUGGCGUGGGAGCCAAUGGAGAAGACAAAACAGUAGGCUUUCGCCUUGGCAAGUACAAAGGAGGAACAUGCGCGGUGGUUGAGCCUUCUGACACCAUUCACGUUCCCGUUUCCACAAAAAGAGUGGUGGCUGCAUUUCAGGACUACAUCAGGACGACUCCAUUUGCAGUUUACAGCCCAGAAACAUAUGAAGGCCACUGGAGACAACUGACAGUACGCAUCACCAAGAUGGGUCAGAUCAUGGCUAUUGUGUAUUUUCAUCCACAGAAACUGAAGGAUGAGGAGCUCAGUGGUUUGAAAGUGUCUUUGGCCCAGUAUUUCACAGAUGGUGCUGGAAAAGAAUGUGGCGUGACAUCUCUCUAUUUUGUAAAAGAAGGUCAAAGGCGGUCCCCAAACCUGGAAGAUCUCCCCUUGGAUCAUGUAACUGGCGACAAGUGGAUUCAUGAGGAGCUUCUGGGCUUGAAAUUCAGGAUCUCUCCUAAUUCCUUCUUUCAGGUGAACACCCUGGCAACAGAAGUCUUGUACUCCACCGUGAAGGAGUGGGCACAUCUUGGCCCAGAAUCUACUGUACUGGAUGUGUGCUGUGGGACAGGCACCAUUGGCAUCUGUUUGGCGAAGGCUGUAAAGAAAGUUGUGGGAAUUGAGCUGUGCCAAGAAGCUGUACAAGAUGCCCGCAUAAAUGCCGAACUUAACGGUCUGACCAAUAUAGAGUUCCACUGUGGCAAAGCAGAAGACUUGUUCCCAGCGCUCAUCAACAGCAUCUUGUCACCUAAUGUCCUUGCAAUUGUGGACCCUCCACGAGCUGGCCUGCAUUCCAAAGUGAUCCUUGCCAUCAGGCGGGCUGAGCAUCUGAAGAGGCUGAUUUAUGUAGCCUGCAAUGCCAAAGCUGCAAUGAACAACUUUAUCGACCUUUGCCGCUCACCAUCCAACCGAGUCAAGGGCAGUCCAUUUCGGCCCAUUAAGGCACUGCCCGUUGAUCUCUUCCCUCACACCCUGUACUGUGAGCUUUUAAUCCUCUUUGAGAGGGUGGAGUACAGCGGUGGGGAGAGACACAGCAAGAACACGGAAGGCACUUCAAACGUGUCCAAUUCAGAAGGCAAGGAGCAGCAAAUCGAGCCAGCCGAGCCAAGUGCAUCGUAGAGAAGGUGCCUUUCACAUUGCAGCUUGAGAUGUAACCUCUUACAAAUCUGGAGGACUUUCACAGAGAAAUAUGAAUGGACAAAAUACUUGGUGGUGCUCGACUCGCUUUGACUACAAGUCUGCAUUUUCAAAUGGCAGAUUAGCAGCUGUGCUUUGCAGUUAGGUGCCUUGUUCAGUGGCGUUUGUCCUCCUUUGCGUUUUAAUAUGACCGUCCAAGAAAAAUCUUCAUUAAAGAAGGAAGGACUGGACACUUAAAAUUCAUUAGUACCUUAUAAACAGAGGUGGUCCAAAAAACAUUUUUUCCCCCCCCCCAUGGGAUGGCAAAGUUUUUGAUAUUUCCAUAAAUAUCAGGAUUAAAUACAAGGUGGAUUAGAUCAUGGAAGAGACUUACACAAAGGCUGUAUCAACUUCAAGCAUUGAAAUAAAGCAGCCCAGUCCUUGCAAGUGA